AUGUACGGCCGCAACGAGCUCGCCCCGGACGCAGGUGACAAGGAUGGCAAACCCCUGUGGAAGUUGGUCCUCAAGCAGUUUGACGAUCUUCUUGUAAAGAUCCUCAUUGUGGCUGCCCUGGUGGAUUUCUUCAUUGCCUUUGCUGGUGGUGAAGGUCUGGGGGCCUUUGUGGAGCCAGCUGUGAUUGUCCUCAUCCUCGUCGCCAAUGCCACGGUGGGAGUGUUGACGGAGACCAAUGCUGACAGGGCCAUAGAGGAGCUCAAGGCCUACGAGGCCGACGUGGCGACCGUGCUGCGGGAGGGGCGCUGGACUGUGACCCCGGCGGUCGAGAUCGUGCCGGGGGACAUCGUCGAGGUGGCAGUGGGGGGCAAGGUGCCGGCCGAUGUGCGCGUGGCCGCCAUCCUUUCCUCUGGCCUCCGCAUCGACCAGUCCAUCUUGACGGGGGAGUCGGGAAGCGUUCCCAAGUCUGUCGAGCCCGUGGCUGCAGGGAAGGCCGUCUACCAGGACAAGACCAACAUCCUGUUUUCUGGCACCGUCGUCACCGCAGGCAGGUGCCAGGGCAUUGUCACGGGAACGGGCGCGGCCACCGCCAUCGGCAAGAUCCGCGACGCCAUGGCGGGACUGGAGGAUGCAGAGACGCCGCUGCGCAAGAAGCUGGACGAGCUGGGCUCCCUGCUCAGCAAGGUGAUUGCCGUCAUCUGCAUCUUGGUCUGGGUCGUCAACCUGCCGCACUUCAAGGAUCCCAUCCACGGGAGCUGGUUUGCAGGCGCUCUCUACUACUUCAAGAUCGCCGUGGCCCUGGCUGUGGCAGCCAUCCCAGAGGGCCUGCCUGCUGUGGUGACCACAUGCCUUGCCCUGGGCACCCGCCAGAUGGCCAAGCAGCACGCGAUCGUGCGCAAGCUGCCCUCGGUGGAGACGCUGGGCUGCACCACCGUCAUCUGCUCCGACAAGACGGGCACGCUGACCACCAACCAGAUGACGGUCGUGCGCGUGACGACGCUGGGUGCCGACGCCGGACACCUGGCCGACUAUGAAGUGACGGGGACGUCCUUUGCGCCGGAGGGGACAGUGCUGGCGGAGGAGGGCCCGCUGGCCUGCCCCGCCGACCAGCCAGCCCUGUGCCAGCUGGCCAUGUGUGCAGCCCUGUGCAACGACUCCCACCUGAGCUACUCGAGCGAGCGCGGGACGUACCAGCGCAUCGGCGAGGCCACGGAGGUGGCCCUGCGAGUCCUGGCCGAAAAGAUCGGCAUCCCAGGGUACGCCGCCAUGCCCCAUGCCCUCGCCCGGUUGGGCCGGGAGGAAAGGGCGACGUACUGCAACAACCACUGGGCCGAGGUCUGGCGCAAGUCCUACACCCUCGACUUCUCCCGCCUGAGCCUGCAUGGGGCCGGCGCGGCGCUGAGGCCCUUCACGACGUCUUCAUCCAUGCGUCAGAGGAAAUGCACGAUCAGCUGCCGCAGCAUGGAGGCCGGUGUGGGAAUCUUCGGCACCAAGGCUGGCAUGACGUCCAUCUACAAGGAUGGCAACAUGCUCCCCGUGACGGUGGUGGCCCUCGAGCCCGGCAACAUCGUGACCCAGCUCAAGUCGGAGGGCCGGGAGGGGUACAACUCCGUGCAGGUGGGGUACCGCGUCGUCCCCGACCGUAAGAUCACCAAGCCAGAGCGCAACCACCUGGCCAAGGCGGGCGCGCCGCCCAUGAAGUUCCUGAGGGAGUUCAAGGUAAAGGACACCCAAGGACUUGAGCCUGGUCAGGCCUUGAACAUUGCCUCGAUGUUUAAGGAGGGCGACUUUGUGGACGUUGCCGGCACGAGCAUCGGCAAGGGAUUCCAGGGUGAGGAUCGCGUCUUGGACCGCCGCAUGAUGAGCACGCUGUGCUCAGGCCCCGACGGCCCCCAGCUCUUCGCCAAGGGCGCGCCCGAGGCCGUCCUGGCGCGCUGCACCUCGGCGCUGCUGGGCGCGCGCGCCGGCGCCGCGACCGUGCCCAUGACCGAGGCCCUGCGCGUGCGCUUGCUGCAGCGCGUGACGGCAUACGGCUCCGGCUCCGCGCUGCGCACGCUGGCGCUGGCCUGCCGGCCCUGGCGCGACGCGCGUGGCGAGGUGCUGGCCGGGGACGAGGCCACCGCCGGCUCCGUGGCCGCCCAGAUCGGGCUGCUGGGGCCGGGGGAGGCGGAGGGCGGGCCCUCGACUGGGACCAGCCUGGCGGGGCUGGAGUUCGACGAGCUGAGCGGGAAGGAACGCGAGCGCGCCGCCGCCAGCCUGGUGGUCUUCGCGCGCGUGGAGCCCAACCACAAGACAGCACUGGUGGACCUGCUGAAGGCACAGGCGAGUGAGAGUGAUGGGGGUCACGUCGUGGCAAUGACCGGAGACGGGGUUAACGAUGCCCCUGCGCUGCGGCGGGCCGACAUUGGGAUCGCCAUGGGCUCCGGCACCGCCGUCGCCAAGCACGCAGCCGACAUGGUCCUGGCGGACGACAACUUUGCCACCAUCGUCUCGGCAGUGGCGGCGGGGCGGGCCAUCUUUGCCAACACCAAGCAGUUCAUCCGGUACAUGAUCUCCUCCAAUAUCGGGGAGGUGGUGGCCAUCUUCUCGGCCGCCCUGGUCGGCAUCCCGGAGUGCCUCAACCCGGUCCAGCUGCUCUGGGUGAACCUGGUGACAGAUGGACUGCCGGCCACGGCCAUCGGCUUCAACAAGCCAGACCCACUGAUCAUGCAGCAGCGACCCAGAAGGGCCAGCCAAGGGAUCGUUGACAGCUGGCUCUUCACCAGGUACCUGGUUGUCGGCGCCUAUGUGGGCAUUGCCACCGUGUCCGGCUUCGUCUGGUGGUUCAUGGCAUAUGAGGGCGGCCCCCAGCUGUCCUGGGCUGCGCUCCGCGACUUCCAGCACUGCGAGGGAACCGCCUGCGAUGUGUUCAGGUCGCGCAACCCCUCCACGGUGUCCAUGAGCGUGCUGGUGGUGGUGGAGAUGUUCAAUGCCCUGAAUGCGCUGUCAGAGAACGCGAGCCUGCUGUCCAUUCCUGCAUGGAGCAACCCCUGGCUGGUGGCCGCCAUCGGCGUUUCCAUGGCGCUGCACCUCCUCAUCCUGUACAUUCCCGUUCUGGCAGCCCUCUUCAGCGUCGUGCCGCUGGCCUGGGCGGAGUGGAAGAUGGUGCUCCUCCUCUCUGCCCCUGUGAUUCUGGUGGACGAGGUCCUGAAGCUUAUCUCCCGAACCUGGUUCAGCGAGAUGGCGACCUCCAGUUUCGGACCGUCUGGCGGCGGGAGCGUGCGGACGGGGUGGCGGCUGUCCCUUCCCUGGCUGCGGAGAGCAACGGGCGGCGCUGUCAAGUAUAGCCCCAUCCUGGCUCGGGCGGGGGGCGUGGACCUGACCAGGAAGAGGUCAGACGAGUUUGGCGCCACCCGAGUGGCAUCGAUGCCAUGA